UGAUUCGCAGGUGUGUAUUUCACGCUUGGUGCAAACUGGCACUGACAGCACAGCCAGGUAACACCUGACAGCGUCGCUCCGACUCGCGCGAGCCGAAUUAGGAGAUAAGAUUGCAUGCAAAUGUUUUGUUUUGUGAAGACGUUUAUUUCUCAAAGAACAAUUGUCUGAUUGACUGCCAGUGGCUUAAUUGAAUGUGCCUGACAUUUGUUGCAGAACUAAAACUAAAAAUUUGCUCGUGGGGAUCAAAAGUUGAGAACUUUGCGCAAAAGGAAACUUUUUUGACAGCGCUAUUCGCCUUCAAGUGACAUUUGAAGGAAGACAUCUGUGUAUCACGAAGCGGUAGAUAUACAGCUUUCUGGAAGUGGAUUAGCUACAGCUGCUUUUCAGUAAUUCUUAGAGACGUAUAGAUAAAGGAGGAUGGAAGGGAAGACACCGUAAAGAACCACCGAAGCGAUAUUUUUUUUCCUCAACAGACGACCGCUACACUCGGACAAGAUGGGAAAAAAGGAAUUAACGAUGGACCCAGUCCAGGAGUGGGGGGAGGAGGUGGAGGACGGGGCUGUGUUCGGGGUGACCCUGAGGCGCGAGCCCGUCGGCUCCGCCCCCGCCGCCGGCCCCGCCCCCGGCCCCGGCCCCGGCCCCGCCCCCGGCCCGGCGGAGACCCAGUCGGAGCUCGGGUUCGUGCAGUACCGCACAUGCAAGGUGCGGCGGCUGAAGGCGGCCACGCUGCCCCGCCUGGUGGCCCACCUGCUGGACCCCGCCUGCCAGGAGCCCGACUACUGCCACGUCUUCCUGUCCACGUACCGGGCCUUCACCAGCACCAGCGCCCUCAUCAAACUCCUGUUCCAGAGCGACGGCGAGGCGUCCGACUUGGACAACGGCCAGUUUCACAAGAGCCCUCUGUCCUCCCUGAUACUCGCCUGGCUGGAGAAGCACAGUCAGGACUUUUGGGAGCCCCCUCAGUACCCCUCGCUGCGGCUGCUGUCCUUCCACCUGCGCCGGAACCUGGGGUACCGCCGGCUGGCCCAGAGAGCCGACGCCCUGCUGAAGAAGCUCAAGCACGAAGAAACAAAUUCCCAUGAGCAGUCCGCACCCGUACAUCAGGUGGGGGAGGAAGAGGAGGAGUCGGAGGAUGAAGGCCUGUUAUCCAAGACUGUAGAUGACACAGCGGACUUCAUGGACUUCCCUGCCGCUGAUGUUGCAGAGGAACUCACCCGAUUGGACGCUGAGCUCUUCAGGAAAGUUGUCCCGUUCCAGUGCGUGGGGUGCCAGUGGUCCCAAAGGGACAAGAACGAGAGCCUGUGUCCCUCCGUGCGGGCCACCAUCGCCCAAUUCAACGCCAUCACCAACAGGGUCAUCACCUCGCUCCUGUGCCGGCCUGUCCGAAACCAGGCGCCGCCCUCGCCCCGCGGCCCGCCCCCCGGCCCCACCCAGAGGGCUCGCAUCAUCGAGAAGUGGAUCACAGUCGCGCAGGAAUGCCGGCGGCUGCGGAACUUCUCCUCCCUGAAGGCCGUCCUGUCGGCCCUGCAGUCCAACGCCAUCUACCGCCUCAGGAAGACCUGGGCCUCCGUCUGCAGAGACAGCGUGGCGUCCUUCGAGCACCUGUGCGAGACCUUCCCCGAUGAAAACUGCGUGCUGACCAGCCGGGAGAUCCUGGUGGAGGAUGGAAGCCAGCCAGCCAUGGGCAGUUCCUCCCCAAAAAUGCCCAAAUGCUCUCCCAUCUCUCAACAGCUGAGUCUCCCCGGGGGGGUCGUGCCAUACUUGGGGACGUACCUGACCGUGCUCACCAUGCUGGACACCGCGCUGCCCGACAACAUGGAGGGCGGCCUCAUUAACUUUGAGAAGCGAAGGAGGGAGUUUGAGAUCCUGUCCCAGAUCGAGCAGCUCCAGGCGUCCUGUUCCCAGUACACCAUGCCCCCUCGCGCCAACAUCGGGUCCUGGCUCCUGCGCCCCAAACUGCUGACCGACCAGGAGAGUUAUGAGCUCUCUCGUGAGCUGGAGCCGCCUGUAGACUUCUGCCCCAGCUCCCCGGUGUCCUGGAGCCAGCGGCUGCUCGCUAGGAAGCUCGCCUCGUUAAUGCCAGUAGGCGAGGGGCCCGGCAGGAAAACGUAUCCGGACCAGAUCAGCGUCACGUCUUCAGGAUCCAGUGGAUCCGAAAUGGAGGAUCUCAGCAUCCCCAACUCCUCACCCCUUGGUCUGAAGGCUCUGUCCAGCUCCUGCCACAACAUGGCGGAAGCCUUCUCUCCUGGGCCGUUCCCGGACUCCGCCCCCUUCAAGCCCGCCUCAGGCUCCCAGAAAGACCUGUCCGUCACCUCCCCAGGCCCCGCCCGCCGCACCCUCUGCCCCGCCCCCCAGCACAAGCGAUCCGUCUCCAUGUUGUCGCUGCCCGUCUACAACCAGCAGGUGGCGGACUCUUGCAUCAUCAGGGUCAGCGUGGAGUGCGGCAACAACGGCAACAUGUACAAGAGCAUCCUGGUUACCAGCCAGGAUAAGACGGCCCAGGUGAUCCAGAGGGCCCUGGAGAAGCACAGCCUGGGGACCUGCCGCGCCCACGAAUUCACCCUCAGCCAGGUGCUGUCCCACGACAGAGAGCUGCUUAUUCCGGACAAAGCCAACGUGUUCUAUGCCAUGUGUACCACAGCGAACUACGACUUUAUCCUACGCCAGAGACGGAACUGCCGACGGAAAGCCUUUGACUAUACCGCUACCCUGGGUCCGCUGACAUCAACCUACCACACAAAAUAACAGCGCCCCCUCUGCUUUGGAGGAAUCACUGCAACCCGGGGGACGUACUGUGGGGUUUUUUUUUUUUACCGUUAGCUUGUCUGUUCAGGGAGACUUCCAGACAUUUUCCCUCCCAGUUCCAAGGCAUCUGGCCGCAGGUCAGGACUGGACCUGGAUUCCGACUUGGGAGUAUGUUUAGCUGGAGUUCAAAACACUCAACAGCAGGCAACUCCCUGAAGAUGUCUACCUUGGAAGGAAAAGUGUGAAAAGCAAGGCAGAGGAUAAAACGGACAAAAAGAAGAAAGCUGGACUAAAAGGCACUUUGUGCUGGAAGGUCUGGAGAAUUCCACGAUCUGCAUGUCUGCCCAGAGCGACGGACGCUACUCCGUAACUCAAACAUAAAACUGCCUUUCGAAAAUAUGUUUUUAAGCUGAUAAACUAGACUUCUGUGCCAGAGAGUUGUGCUGAGUUCCUCAUUGUUCCUCAUUCCCUUGUGCUUGGAUCACUGCCUUUUGUUCCAGUGAUGACAAAGCGUCGCACUGCAGCGCUUAGGCACAAUUUGAGCCGUGCGUGUUCACAUUCGUGGUCUGUAGGCUGUGUGACUGUCGAGCACGUGCGACUGUUAUCUGUUACUGUACCUCCAUCAAUUCCCCCCCAGCCUCUGAAAGAGUGCCAUCGCUGUUGCGGUUACCCAGCUAUGAGCAGAACUAUGGUCAUGUGACAGAGGAGAAACAGCUGCCCAUUCAUGUGAGACCCCUGUCAUGUGACGGGGGGGAGAAAGGCGGACAGGGUUUGGAGAAUUCCUGUGGACGGGAGCAGCAGGCGCCGCAGGUUUCUGUCGGACCGCGUGUGGAGGGUGGGAACGCGAGUCGGAAUGUGCUCUCCCUGCCAGGAUCCGAUCUCCGCGCUUCCCGCGACAGCGCCGCAGAACCUUCCGGAACAGGACCGACGGCCCGGACCGGCCCGACGGCAUUCCGGAGCGGGAAUGGAAGCUCGGCGAGGAGGAGGGACGGCUGCCACGCCCAACAGGAGUGACCGUGUCAGAGUCACUGGAAACUCGAUAAUGGCGGUGAUUUCGGUGAUAGACGGGUUCCUUAGAUGGCGCAUUGCAUCGCAGUGCUGGUCCUGAGGGCAGCCAAUUGCAGGAGACCAUUUCUGACGGCGCACUGAACGGCGGAAGGGUCCGGAAGCCUAAACGCUGUUUGCUGUUAACAUCGGCGUCACGCGCUGGUAACCGCGACUGAGCCUGCCAUUGAUACUGAGGGCACCGGAGUGUGUGUGUGUGUGUGUGUGUGAAAGUGUGUGUGUGUGUGUAUGUGUGUGUGUGUGUGUGUGUGUGUGUGUGUGUGUGAAAGUGUGUGUGUGGUGUGUGUGUGUGCGUGUGCAUGUGUGUGCGUAUGUGUGUGUGUGUGUGUGUGUGUGUGUGUAUGUGUGUGUGUGUGUGUGUGUGUGUGUGUGUGAAAGUGUGUGUGUGUGUGUGUGUGUGUGAAAGUGUGUGUGUGUGCGCAUGUGAAUGUGUGUGUGUGUGUGUGAAAAUGUGAAAGUGUGAGUGAAAGUGUGUGUGUGUGUGUGUGUGUGUGAAAAUGUGAAAGUGGGUGUGUUUGUGUGUUUGUUUUCACGUGCGCGUGUAUGUGUCUGUGCACUUUUAAUGUUUUGAUGUGCCUUUGCGUUUGUGAAAGAGUGUGUGUACGUGCAUUUGUGUGUGCUAGAUGCACUGGUGUAUUCACACACUCAAAUGACACAGAUGCUGUUUCCCACUGGCAUUGUUCAGAGGCUGAAGACUCAACAGAGCCUUUGGGACACUGGUCUCAGUUGCCAUGGUGCUGGUAUUGAAAAGGUGUAAUCCUCCACUUUAUUUUGAGAAACAGCGAUGACAAAAAAAAAAAAAAAAAAAAACGGGUGCUCCCUUCUCCCCUGAAGCACAUCCUCGGGUCACGCAGCUUUUUCGACGUCAGGCCGCAGAUCGUUUGGUGUUACAUUUCUGCGUUUCUGAAUAAACCUGCCCCAAGCUGUGUGACAAACGCCUAAAAAAAAAAGAGGAACUGGUCGCGCCCUCGCACACGCCCAGAGCUUAUUAAAAAAAAACCACAUAUCCUUUCAUCCCAACACCGCUGCUGACGUACGCAUCGCCCGGCUGUAAAUAACACCGGGCUUCAAUACCGCUAAUAAUACCAGGCUGUUUCAGAAGACGUGGGCGACUGUUUUGUCUCGCCCAGUCGGUUAGCCGAAGUCGAUACUGGAGCUAUUCGUUUCAGCAUAAUGAGUCUGGAAAGGGCGUCUCUGCCCCCAAGAAAGCUAAAAUUAGACAUUGAAAAAGAUCCUUUUCUGUUUUGUGUGCGUGUGUGUGUGUGUGUGGUUGGUUUGAUUUUGUUGUCAUUGAGGAUACAAUUGAAUUUUUUCAAAAAUGUGCUGUCUUAAUGUUCGGUGGCCAUUCUCCGAAGCUGACUGGGUGAAUCUUGUGCUCACUGAUUCCCUCACAACGAUGCUGCGUUUCUCAAGGCCUUGUGGGAAACAUGGCGGAGUCUUCUGGCGAAUCUGAUUUUCCCCUGAUGUCUGGGAGGAUUCUUCACUGACCCUGCCUUGCUUAUGAAGUUUUUAAACUAAAUGGGGGGACUGCAGUUAUGGAGGGUUCAGGUUGUUCUGAACCUUUCUAAGUUUCCAAGGACAAAACUGAUAUUGAGGCUCUCUUGUCAUGCACAUUUGAGAACAGAGAGACACUCCUCUACAAAUGAAAAUAUAUUUCCUUUUAUCACCAACCCGUUUACCAGUAGCACCAUAUCGUAGACUUACCACCUUGACUUGUAUUUUAUUUCGUCUUUUUUUUUGUUUGUCUUUAUUUUGUUCUUAUUUUCUGGUGUUGAAUGAAGGACGUGAACUAAUCAUAGAAGUGGACCUGGUUUUAUUGAACUCCUGUGGAAGCAGCCACGCUUCCUGGAAAGACGAUACCGGUCCUUGACUGAAACAAACUGAAGCACGACAUUGAGGGUCGCGGGAAGCUGUAGUGCGCGUGUAAUCACGCGCGGCGUGGAAUCACGCGGAAAGUGCUGAGAGGAGCGUUCGCCGAAAAGGGUUUGGUUUAAGAUGGCCGACGGGUCGAUUUUGAGAAUCAGAGAUGGCUUUUUAACCCAACCUGACAAAACGACGCACCCAAAGGCACCUGGUGCAAUUAAGCUAGACUCCUAGUCCCGACUAGAGAGCUGAUAUUUAUCUAUGUGUUCUGUUAAGUCUUAAUGUAUAAAUGUGUUUUACUAUGAUUAUGCACCAAAUAUAUAUAUAUAUAUUUUAUAUAGAAGUUUCAUGUAUACUUUAAGCACUUGACAGUUUUGUGCAAAUAUCACUGUAUUUAUGAUCUUUAAUAUGAAUAAAUAAUAAUACCAUUGAAUCAUUCAA